AUGGGUACUACUACUGGCCUGCAGCAGCCAACAGAUGACAAUUCUAUGCAGAUAAAAUUUAUGACAUCCUUAAUAUACUUGGAUAUAGAUUCCAGAUCUAUAACAGAGAGGUUCAGGGUUUUUAAAAUCUACCUUGUUGCAGUUUUGCUUGCCAAGUUUGCUAUGAGGUUGUUUGUCUUGGAAACAGAAUUUUCUCCCUGUGAAGAAGAUUUUCCAGUAGCAUCACCAGUUGGAGUUGAAGACACAGUGGCUUUGGUGUCCUUCUGUUUUUUUCCUUUACCAUUCUUGGGUGGAGUUUCUUUGUUGUUCUUUGGAGGCUCUGAAGUGGGGGUUUGGGUGGAGCUGUCUUGGUUCUUUGGAGGCUCUGAAGUGGGAGUUGGUGUGGAGCUGUCUUGUUGCUCUGGAGGAGGGGUUACAGUGGUAUCCUGUGGAUUUUCUGUUGGUGUUUCAGGAGGGUCACCUGUAGGUGGUGUGAACCCUGGGGGUGGUCCAAAACCUGAGGGUGGUGUGGCACCUGUGGGUGGUCCAAAACCUGGGGGUGGUCCGAAACCUGGGGGUGGUCCAAAGCCUGGGGGUGGUCCAAAACCUGGGGGUGGUCCAAAACCUGGGGGUGGUCCAAAACCUGGGGGAAAUGUGAACCCAGAGGGCGGUGUGAACCCAGAGGGCGGUGUGAACCCCGUGGGUGGUGUGGACCCUGUGGGUGGUGUGGACCCUGUGGGUGGUGCGGACCCUGUGGGUGGUGUGGACCCUGUGGGUGGUGUAAAACCCGAGGGAGGUGCGGUACCAUUGUUGGAUGGUGCUGUACCAUCGUUAGUCGGUGUGGUACCAUCGUUAGUUGGUGUGGUACCAUCGGUAGUUUGUGUGGUACUGUCCUUGGGAGGUGUGGAAGAAGAUUCGCUUUGCUGUCCUGGCUGA